AUUUGUUUGUAUUCUUGUAUAUAUGUUAUUGUUUUGAUAGAUUAUCUUUAGUCUACGAGAAAUCGAGGGAAAGCACGGAUUAAAAUUUGAAAAUUAUAUUACAAAAUCUUAGGCGAAAGAGAAAGUAUUUAUACCUAAAAGAAAAAAAACAAUCUUACAUUUGCCUCAAAUACCAUUGCAAAUAUUACAUAGCAACUAUAAUUAUAUAGCAACUCUAAUUAGCAAUACUUGAAUGAAACUGCAAUUGCUAAAUAAUAUUGCGAUUGAAACUGUUAAAUAAAAUUUGCAAAUUUUGUGGCACACACUUUUGUUUUUGAUUUUUUAUUUUAUAACAAAAAAGGAUGAAAAACGUAAUGAGUGAAGAGAGAGCAAGAGAAAUUGAAACUCAACUAAAGGAUGGGCGUUUCAAUUUCGCGAUCAAAUGUCUCCAUGAAGUUAUGAAAGUCAAUCCGGAUAAAAAUUUUGUCUUUAGUCCACUUUCCAUAUAUGAGGGUCUUUUCCUAACAAAUAUAUUGAUUACAGGAGAAAUAACGAAUCGUCUCAUAACUAUUCUUUCUUUAAACGGGAUCAGCAAAGCAGAUUUGAUCAAUUACUGCAUUUGUAAAAAGGAGUCGACUAUAAAAUUCGUGGUUUAUCCGGAACAUUUGUAUUGCACUCAUAACAUCAUGUGUUGGUUGAAAUAUGUAAUGAAUGAUUCAGAAGCAGAGAGUGUACUAUCUCAUUUUAUUUAUGGACCAAUCAAUUAUUUAAAUACGAAUAAAUUUUCUGAAUUGAAAGUAAAUUACAUUAAUAAAUUAAUAGGCAGAGCGGUAAGAAAGGGAUGCUUUUAUUAUCUCGUGGGAUUAUCCAAGUGUAAACAAGUUAAUGAUAUUCUUUUGGUGACCUGUGUCUGUUGCGAAUUCCAAAAUUCAUUGGUUCCUCAAGCUAUCGUACCAAUUAGAAACCGUUUAAUCAUAAACUACUAUCAUAAGAAAUUGAGCAUGCACGUGAGCGACAUACCCUUCCAGAAUGGCGAUAUGUCGCUGUUUGUGUUUUCACCUGCUUCGUUCGAUGGAGAAUAUUCAGAUAAGUGGAGGAUAAAAGAGAACAUUAGCAGCGACGACCUUUUCGAAUUGACCAAACGAUUAUCGACGAGCAAUGGAAUCGACGAAUUGCGCAAUCUGCUAAAAUAUAGUAGAAAAUCACACGUUGAAAAUGUUACAGACGUCUCGGUUUUUUCGCCUUUCGAUAUGGAGAGAAAUUUGACAAUAAAAGAUCUGCUGAAAGCGUUAGAUAUCGAAGAAUUGAUGGAAACCACCAAUUUUUAUUUAGAUUUUUGCGGAAACAGACGGGACAGCCUCUCCUUAUGCUUCGGCAAUAUUGUGCACCGUUCUCGUGUCAAGGUCACAAAUGGGAUGAUGAUCGUAGGCGCGAUAACUAUGAUCCUCACCGGAAAAGAAUCCGGUCCGCACCCGGAAGUGGUUAACGUAAAUCGCAAUAGUCAGUUUGUCUGGUUGAUCUAUGACGCGCUUCAAGAAGAAAUCCUUUCUGUCGGUUCUUGUAACAGUGACAGGACCAAUUCUAAAAUUGUACCGAAGGAUGACGCAGGUCCAUCAGACAGUCCGCCAAUGAAAAAGCCGAGGCUUGUCGAGACUUCUUGAAAACAUUUUGGAAAUUCAGGAUUUGAAAAAAAAAUAGAAUCUU